AGAUAAACAAAAUCCAGAAGUUAAAAAGGCAAGUCCCUCUGCCACAAUGAGCUCUGAACACGAAGAAACUGAUGUUGCAAAAACUGUCGUCAAUGGGCUGAGCAGCAAUGGACAAGAAAAAGCUGUUGACGUCCCUUUAUGUACACGCACUAUUUCUGCCGUUAAAAUUAUCCCUGUGAAGAAACUGAAAAGUUCUCCUCACCUAGUGCUGCCUACAGAAACGGAUCCCACUAAAGUCUGCAGUGGAAAAGGAGCUGUGACCCUCCGGGCAUCUUCAGCCUAUGAAGAGAAUCAGAAUAUCACUUCACCAUGUCCUCAGGAUGCUGAGCAACCUGAAAGUCUGGAGCCAGAAAACCCAGAAACAGAUGAUUGGAAGCUGUCAUCUAACACUGAUGCCAAUGGGGAUGCUCAACCAUCUUCUCUGGCUGCCAAGGGUUAUAGGAGUGUGCGUCCGAACCUUUCCUCAGACAGCAAGCCACAGGCCCUUGCUCCUCCCCGUCCUCCUCUUCCCAAAGAGGAAAGCUUUGCAUGGCGUCCUCGCACUGACACUAGAGUGACCAAUCUGUUGCCAGUGCCCAUCAUGGACUGCGUGUACCUGAAUGCACCCAAGCCUUAUACGCAGCGUGCAUCACCAAAUGCCAGUGCACGGUGUUAUUUCUCAUCACCUACUCCCUAUGGGGCCAUCCCCAGUGGGAAGCAAGGCUUGCCAGCAGGGCAUUCUCCCUCUUCAGGCCCCAAAGAUGAGGUGCAUGCUGGGCAGCCACUCUUGGGAAGCCACUCCUCGUCAGAUGCAUCAGCCAUACAACGUAAACCUGACAGGGCAGAUCCCGGUAGUAAGGCUGGAAUGAAUUCCAGUCAUGAGACGAAGGCGGAUAAAAAGGUCACCAGACUAUAUGUAGCUUGUUUAUCUAACAGCACUUGCUCAGCUGCAUCUGAAAAUUCCACUGGCACCACACAUGACCCAGCAGCCAGCACCAGUUUGGGCGCUGAGCUCACUCAGGCACCAGCCACCAACAUUGUUUCCUCUGUAACAGAUACUGGAAAGUCUCUUCCUGCUCCUCCUCCUCCUCCUAUUCCUCCCAGGCCAUCCUUUUACAUUGUCCUCAAUAAAGACGCAGUUAGUUAUGGUGCGAACCAACCCUCCUGGACUCAGUCGUCACCUCUGCAAGCUGUGAGGGACAGAGUGCUAGAGCCCCAGAGCACAGCUGCCACAGAGGACAGGAUGAGAAAAGAGCCUUACCUUACUCAGCAGCGACAGCCACCGUACAAGGCAAUGGGACGCAGCAUGGAUGCUACUGCCACCAGCACAGCUCAGCCUGGAGUUAUAGUAGUCCCCCUCCUCCAGGUUAAUCCAGACAGACAGCAAGAAGGCAGCUCCAGCACUCCACCACCACCUCUGGUUCCUUUUGGGCAAGGCUCCGUAGUCCCUGAGGCUGUUUCUCCUGGCUCACCCUUGACUUUUCCGACUCUAGACGAUUUCAUUCCCCCACAUCUCCAGAGGGGUUCCCACCAUAACCAAGCACCCUCCGCAUCUGGCACAUUACCCUCUGUUUACCCGAAACUGCCAUUCUUCUCAUCACCACCUUCACUUGUCCCUCCAGUCACAGGGGCUUUGCACAGUGUCUUGAAGCCUGAAAUCACUGGAGUCAUCUCACAUACAGACCCAGGUCCUGUGCUGAAUGAAGUGCCCCAGCCUGGCACUGGUAGUGAUUAUCCAACCUCCUUCACUUCAAUCAACAAGUCUUCCUCUGCCUAUCCUUCUACCACAAUUGUCAAUCCCACUAUUGUCCUCUUGCAGCACAAUCGAGAACAGCAAAAAAGGCUUAGUAGCCUGGCAGAUUCAGUGCCAGAAAGACUAGUUUCUGAUAAAGUUGACUCCUCACUCAUACGGGACAAACCGGUUCAGGAGACAGUGCCAAGUGAGAAGAAAGCAAUGGAGGAGAAGAGAAGCAUUGUCAAGAGCCCUCAGCAUUUGGCUGAUACCUCUGUUGAUGAUAUUGGCAUUCCACUGAGGAAUACAGACAGGUCGAAGGACUGGUACAAGACGAUGUUCAAACAGAUCCACAAGCUAAACAGAGACACUCCUGAAGAAAACCCUUAUUGCCCUACCUACAUAUUUCCUGAACUUCCUGAAAUCCAGCAAAAAACUGAAGAAGACAAUCCUUAUUCUCCUACAUACCAGUUUCCUGCGUCUACUCCUAGUCCUAUCUCUGAAGAUGAAGAUUCUGAUUCAUACUCUCCUCGUUAUUCCUAUUCUGAGAACAGCAGAACCCAGCUUUCAGUUCCCCGCUCCAAGAGCGAGAUGGACAAUAUUGAUUCAGAGAAGGUUGUCAAGAGGUCUGCCACUUUGCCACUGCCAAACCGUACUUCAUCACUGAAAUCAAGCCCAGAAAGGACUGACUGGGAGCCUCCAGAUAAGAAGGUGGACACCAGAAAAUACCGUGCAGAGCCCAGGAGCAUUUAUGACUAUCAGCCAGGAAAGUCCUCAGUUCUGAACAAUGAAAAGAUGACUCGGGAUAUAAGCCCAGAAGAGAUAGAUUUAAAGAAUGAACCUUGGUAUAAAUUCUUUUCGGAAUUGGAGUUUGGGAAACCGCCAUUUGUUCACAUGCCUCCAAAAAAGAUUUGGGAUUAUACUCCUGGAGAUUGCUCUAUCCUUACUAGAGAGGAUAGAAAGACUGAUCUAGAAAAAGACCUCUACCUCUACCAGACUGAGUUAGAGGCAGAUUUAGAAAAAAUGGAGAAGCUUUAUAAAGCGCCACAUAAAAAGCCACAGAAGAAUACAGCAGGUGUUACUCCUCUGGAAACUUCUGCAGACCAUUCUUCCUACUCCACAUGUUCACCCAACUACCAUGCAGUGAAGAGGGAGUCAGAAUCAGCACUGGGCGACCCUGCUGGCUUGGAGAAUGAAAGGCAGAUUUACAAGAGUGUGCUGGAAGGUGGAGAUAUCCCAUUCCAGGGGCUGAGUGGUCUCAAGCGACCUUCUAGCUCUGCUUCCACAAAAGUGGAUCGUAAAGGUGGGAAUGCUCAUAUGACUGCACCCUCUUCAGUUAAUAGCCGAACCUUUAACGCUAGUCAUACCGGUAUGUUAGGUCACGCAUGUAAACAUAAGAAGCCUUUAUCAGCUGCAAAAGCCUGCAUUACUGAAAUCCUCCCUUCUAAAUUCAAACCCAAACUAGCAGCUCCAGCUGCUCUUGUGCAGGACAAGAAGGGUAUCUUGCUGUCUCAUGAGAAAGCUCAAAGCUGCGAAAACCUUCGUAGCUCCGUUGCUUUGUUUGAUAAUAAAAAAGCUUUAAUGGUAGAUGUAGGGGAAAGCAUAGAAAACAUGUUGAUGAAGUCAAAGCAGGAGUAUGCCAUCAAAUCCGGCAGUACCAUGAGCCUGCAGGAGUAUGGCACCAACUCUAGGAAAGGCUACCUGUUCCCUGCCUCCAGGAAGAGUGGGAUGGAGUUUACAGUGCUGUAUAAAGACAUGCACCAGAUCAACCGGUCCAGGAUCCAUUUGGGCACAGUCUCCUCCUGCAGCGUGAGGGAUAUUGCAUCUCAGUUUGAGAAUGAAGCAAAGGACAGGAUGGAGCACAGCCUUAGUCGAGAGGAUUCAGAGCAGAUCCCCAAACACACUGUUUCCUCCCGUAUCAGUGCCUUUGAGCAGCUGAUCCAGAGAUCCAGAUCAAUGCCCUCGCUUGACUUUUCCACUGGACAAAACAAAUCCACCACUUCUCUCCAGUUUAAAACUUGUCUGAGUUCUGCCUACUCUGCAGAGUUUCUUCUGGAUUUGCCAAAAGCACACCAAGAAGAAAAGGAUGCUGCCAGCUUGGCAGAUAAAUCCUCCCACUCCUGCAGCAAUGUGGAGGACACUGCUUCGGAUGUCAGUGAUGCCAUCCUCAUGGACACACUUUCAGCUUGCACAGAUGAGAUAGAUCUCCUCUCACAUGUAUCCAAUGACAGUGGCAGCAGCAGCAGCAACCUCAACGGGUCUCAGAAGCAUAAAAUCAGCAGAUGCAAAGGCGCAUGCCCAGCUUCCUACACCAGGUUCACUACCAUCCGAAGGCAUGAGCAGCAGCAGGCCUUCAGGAACCCUGAUUCCAAAGGGGAUGUCUAUGGGGACAGACACAUGCUCCCCAGAAAUGUCUACCUAAUGAGCCCACUCCCCUUCAGAUUGAAAAAGCCCUUCCAACACAAAUCCUGCAGGACUCCACCCCCAGACUGCCCGGGAAGCCCGGCAGUGCCCAGCCCUGAGAACCCAGAUGACCCCAUACAGCUGCAGGGGAGUGUAGGAGACAAGAGUCACCACUCCCAGCACCAACUGUGCUCCAGAAGCAGGCCUCUAGCCCCCAGGCGCCUGUCUUCCUUUGACAUUGUGGAGAGGCUUAGCUACUUCCCCACCAUGGGAUCUAGCCGAGAUAGCUUCAUGGGCCGGGCUGACACUCCUGACUCCUUAAACAAUGGGAACCCUGUUCCAUAUACACUCUGUCACAGCCUGGACACAAACAACAACCCGCAAAGUGAACUUGGGACGUACCUAGGAGAUUCAGAAUCACCAAGGCAUUUUGCACCAGUUGAUUACAUGGAAACUCCAGAAGAAAUUUUCCGCAGACGGCAUGACGAUAAAGAGAAACUUUUAGAGGACCAGAGACGGCUUAAACGUGAGCAAGAAGAAGCUGAUAUUGCAGCUAGAAGGCACACAGGGGUUAUUCCAACGCACCAUCAGUUUAUCACUAAUGAGCGAUUUGGGGACCUCCUAAAUGUAGACGAUACAGCAAAGAGGAAAUCUGGGUCAGAGAUGAGACCUGCUAGAGCCAAGUUUGACUUUAAAGCACAGACGCUAAAGGAACUUCCUCUGCAAAAAGGAGAUAUUGUUUACAUUUACAAGCAGAUUGACCAGAACUGGUAUGAAGGUGAACACCAUGGCAGAGUUGGCAUCUUCCCACGAUCAUAUAUAGAGCUCCUCCCACCAGCUGAGAAAGCUCAGCCCAAAAAGCCAUCACCAUUGCAAGUGUUGGAAUACGGAGAUGCUAUUGCUAAGUUCAACUUCAAUGGGGAUACCCAAGUGGAAAUGUCCUUCAGGAAGGGUGAAAGGAUCACGUUGAUUCGACGAGUGGAUGAGAAUUGGUAUGAAGGGAAAAUCUCUGGCACCAAUCGCCAAGGCAUCUUCCCUGUCACUUACGUGGAGGUGCUGAAACGGCCAGUGGUCAAGAAUGCCAUCGACUAUCCUGACCCACCAAUGUCCCUCUCCCCUAACCGCAGUGUGACAGCUUCACCACAGCAACCUCAAGCACAGCAGCAAGGAGCCAGCCCUGACAGAAGCCAAACACCACGAGACAUAGUUAGCUACCAAGCCCUCUACAGCUACACUCCUCAGAAUGAUGAUGAGCUGGAACUGAGGGACGGUGACAUUGUUGAUGUCAUGGAAAAAUGUGACGACGGCUGGUUUGUGGGUACGUCCAGGAGAACAAGGCAAUUCGGCACUUUCCCAGGCAACUACGUGAAGCUUCUGUACCUGUAA